AUGUCGCCGCAGUCUAUUUCAGAUGGCUCCUCGGCCCAGUCGCUCCCAGUGCCUCUCUCUCCGCUGGAGCAGGACCUUGAAAAGACAGUUAGCAAAGGGACUCAGGCGUCGAGGCGGAGUCGUCGUUCGGAUCGAAUAGUUACAACAGCCCAAGACUGGGAUGGAGAAGAUGACCCCGGGAACCCGCUCAACUGGCCGCUACCCAAGAAGAUGUAUCACACUCUGAUCCCGGCGCUGCAAUGCUUCACCAUCACGUUCGGAUCUUCCGUCUACAGCCCCAGUGCCCCCGAGGUUGCGCGCCAUUUUGGUAUCAGCACCACAGCUGCCCUUGUCCCUUUAAGCGUCUACGUUCUAGGACUUGGAUUCGGGCCCGUCAUCAGUGCACCACUGUCCGAGACAUACGGCCGCCGCGCAGUAUACUUGUUGUUCUUCCCACCAUCUCUUCUCUUCACCCUCGGUGCAGGGUUUUCCAAGUCUUUCGGCACACUCGUUGUCUGCCGGUUUCUGGCCGCCCUUCUUGGUUCUGGCUGCCUGGCCAUCGGGGCCGGGACCAACUCGGACCUUUUUACACCUCUUCACCGUGCCGUUGCCAGUUCCAUCUUCAUUCUGGCACCAUUCUUCGGUCCUGCCCUGGGACCGGCGCUUGGUGGCUACGUUGCAAUGAAGAAGGGGUGGCGCUGGACACAAUGGCUGAUCCUUUUCUGGGGCGUUCUGACCUACGCGAUCAGCAUCCCGCAGAGAGAAACGUACAAAAAAAUCAUUCUCAAGACACGCGCAAAGAAAUUCGGCCUUCCGCCUCCCCCAAACCCGCUCCCCCCUGGCAUGUCGAAGCUCCACUUCCUGGUUGUGGUCACGAUCCUGAGGCCCGUGAGGAUGCUACUGACCGAGACGAUUGUCGCCUUCUUCAGCAUAUACACUGCCUUCAACUUUAGCGUCUUGUUCGGGUUUUUCGCCGCCUUCCCCAUUGUUUUCCAGUCCCCGUACCCAGAGAUCCAGGUCUACCAUUUCAACACGGGCGAGUCAGGGUUGGUAUUUCUAGGAAUCGGCGUUGGCACGUUUCUGGCGUCUUUGAUCUUCGUCCUGAUCGACCGAUUGAGGUACCGCAGGAAGACACUCCGGAGACGGGCCGCUGGAGACUUCCGUCCUCUGCCUCCCGAAGAACGGCUGUGGGCGGCCAUGCUCGGUUCGAUUCUACUUCCUGUAGGGCUCUUCUGGUUUGCCUGGACGGCCAGGCCAGACGUCCACUGGAUAUCGCCCAUCUUGGCCACCAUCCCGUUCGGUAUGGGCAACAUGCUCGUCUUCUGUUCGUGUAUCUUGUAUCUCAUCGACACCUACGGCCCGUUGAGUGGAGCCAGCGCGGCGGCCGCCAACGGGUUUCUGAGAUACAUUGUGGGCGCGGCCUUUCCCUUGUUCACUGUCCAGAUGUGA